AUGGUUACCAUUCCGGCGGUGGCAAUGAGAUACGGGUGGUUAGGGCCACCGACAGAAGAAUCGAAACGCCCAGUUGGAUGUGCCACGGAGACGUGGAUGCUGUGGUUGGGGGCCGGGGGGAUGUUUGCGUGCGCGUUCCUCCGGGUGUACAGGAGCCACAGCGUUCUCCUCUGGCACAACGGCUUCAUGUGGCCAGUCCCGCUUCAGCUUGGCAUCACGAUCAUGCCUUUCGUCUUGACACCAGCAGCCCUCAACUCGGGCGCGGACGCAUUGGUGUUCGACGAAGAAACGAAUGAGUGCGAACGGGACUCCGAAAUGCCGGAGGCCAUCGUGGUCGGGUUCAUGGCACUUCUCGCCGCCGCUACCGCCGCCCUGACGUGCCGGCUGCAGGCAGUACGGUUUCAGGACAGGAUGAAAGUGAGAACCUUCGCGAGUUCCCCAGAAGGGCGGAACAUGCCGGAGUUCUUGGCGAUGACAUCGUUUUUCAGUGAUUCGCUUGACCGAGAAUGUGUUCGAGACUACUUCUUGCUUCAGGCCUCGACCUUGAGGAUUCUGGACCGGUACAUCCGCGAAGGAGCACCCGUGACCAUCCCUCUGUCCUCCUGCUGCAGAGACGAAAUGCUGACGUCGAAGGCCUCCUCGGCCUUCAUCUUCGAAACGGCUCGUCAGGAGGUCAUGGCACGAAUGGGAGGGGGUGGGCUCACCUACCGCCAGCAGAAGCAGCAGAAGCUCCCUCCAGGAGCGUUUCCGGCCAAGGCUCAACCGACCCGCGGAACGAAGACCGCCGGGAGGGCGGCGGUUUCGGGUGGGGAUAUCAAGAGGCACGGGCUCGGGAUUCUCGGCGGCAGAACCUCUGACUUGUUGGCUGUGUUCGGCCUCCGGCCCGACGGUAAACUCGGAAUCGAGUCCGAGGAAAACACCCCGCGUGGAACACUGCACGGGUUAAGGUUCGCCCUUAGCGUCGAGGACGGGAAAAGCGGAGAAGGCCAAUACCCUUUCGAUCAAGACGGGCGGCCGCGACAGGGCGAAGAGGCGGCCCCGGGCUCGCUCGAUGACCUCGACCCGUACAUGGACCUCCAGGGGGACCUGGACUUCAACUACUCCGAGUCGCUCGCGUCGAUCGCGCAGCUCGAAAACGACACGGGUCUCCAUUCGGGAUCGUCGUCGGAGGGACAGGACGGCACGAGCGACGAAGACGAUGAGGACGGUCCGAGCGGCGAAGGAGACGAUGAUCAGGACGGCCAUGUACACCAGAGCGACGAAGACGAUGAGGACGGCGAGGUGAUCGUCGUCGUCAACCCACUCUUCGCCGACCAGGGAAUCAAACGCGCGUCACGUUAAGAAACCUUUGGAUACUCUCGGCUGUUUUGGCGAGGGUGUUCAAAUGAUUUAGUUGAGACACUGUGUUCAUUCACACGGUCGAGCGGUUGUGUGAGACGAUCACCGGCACACAAGCGGAGGCACGGAGGCUUUCUGGGCAAUGUCAGGAGACGUGCGUCGACGACUGCGUGCCGGUGGAGUCAAACGCUUGGAGAACUUGCCGGUGGAACGAAAGCUGUGUGAACGUAGGCUUUUUGUUGGCAAUGUAUAUGGAAUCUUUAUUUUCGCUACACAAAGUAACUGUUACUGACAUUGGCAAGGUUUUAUGAACCUGCCGUUCUGCUGUGGGCGAAGGAAGUGCAGGAAGUUAACCCGAUCGGAAUGUCUUGACGGCAGCUUUUGCUGUUCCUCAAGCUUUGUGUGCAUAGUUUGGGUGGGGGGGGAUCGGUGCGUGGCUGGAUUGACACUUCAAGUUUGUGUCAUGCGGCGCAAUGUUGUCGAGAAACAAUCUAUCUAGUUUAUGGGCCACAGUUGUACGAUAGCUUGUCGUGUUGUGUGCGUUUUCAUGAGCCGUUGCGACGUAGCAUAUGCGCACCCACAACCCACGACGGUGUGGCAAAGGGGUCUAACAAAUUUGAAGUCAAGAGGCCAUAGGCUGCUCGUAAGCUAGAAGACGUGUAUAGAUCAGUUUUGCUCUAGAAAAUUAACUCCGGUUGACCUGAAUCUCCAUAAGGCCAUCGUCUACAGGUUUUAGUCGUGGAUGAAACAGCAAUAAUAUGGCGUCGACAUCCACAGAUAUAUCGUACUUGAUCCUAUAGGGCAAUAUAAAAUAGGCAUGGGCUGAUACCUAACGGCGAUGGUUUUUUCAAGAACUCUUUACCAUCGCCUCGUUCAGAAAGUGACGAUACAUGGAACGUGCCGGGGACAACCAGAGGGAUCUGAAGAAGAAUCGACAGACGGAGCAAAGGGCACGAACGCGUCCAUUGACCGCCUGGGAGAACACCGACCAGCAGUGAGCAACCUCUCCCUCUCUAACCACGGCACGACACCAAGCCGGCACAAAGCAGCUGAGAAGGUGCUCCUGAUUGGAUGACCAGAGCGGUAUCUCGUGCUUUUCGAGCAGGCCACGGCGACAAAAGGGCAGGCAGUAGGGCAAAUAAAGGAUGUCACGCUACCGAUCUCAAAAAAAAACUGAUUGAGCAACCAUCAACAACCACGCCACACAUGCGCCACAGGAUUGGUGGCAAGCCGCAUCCAGCCAGCAAGAAACACAUCGACAGCCCAAAACGUCAGUGGCCACAACCCAUCAUCAACGAGGUGAAAAGGUUCAAUGUGUCCGGCAGUCGUCGUCAACAGGCGUUCGGAAGGUUGUACAAUCGUUUGUGAAGGUGGUCCGCACACACACGUACCCUUAGGCGAGCCUCAUUGCUAGGCAGAAGACACUGGAACCCGACCGGUUGGCGGCGAAUUGAUUGUUCACCCUCUUCACUAUCUAAUUGUGGGUGAAUGUUGUUUCAACGAGCGCCAACCACCUCCGCCAUGUCGUAGCAGAAAAAAAAAUGAUUUUCUGAUGUCGGUCCCCCCGUGUUCACUUUUCGUUGUCUUUUCUGCACAAUGAGAAGAACCUAAGUGGGUAGCAGAAAUUGAACCAGGGUAAUCGUUCCUGAUAGUCAGAAUACCUCUUUGGGGACGCAAAUGUGUCCGAAUACUAACGUAUGCCACGCGAGCUUCACUGGACACCCGGACGGCGACAUCAUGAGCCCGAGGCCAAAACAGACUCGAAACACGAAUUCUUCAACCGUGCCCUAUCAGGAAGUAACAACAGCCCUGUUUGUUGGUGAGAAAAACCACGUGCACACCCAUGCACGUGCUCAGGGAACACGUGCGACGGUAAUCGCUGCAAUGAAAAUCCCGACGACCAAGGUGAAACUAACGUGGGACAAGCUUCAAAAGGAAUGGUUACCGUCAACAGAUGAACGCUCACUGGGAACACCCUCCUGCUGUUUCUUCCAUGGCCAGGGGACAACCAAAAGCUAAGCAGCUACAUGUAACUUGCUGUUAUUCUCCUCGAGAUCAAUUCCACUUAUUCAGAACACGGAACAUACAUAAAACUCCAGAAACAGCGCAUGUGUAACCUUCUCCUGAAACUCAAACGUGUCCCAAUUCCCUUUGCUAAAUUCCCCUCAUGCAUCUCAAACAACGAUAUUCC